GUUUAAAAUGGCGUUUCCGGUUAGACGUCGACGCAUAGGUCAGACUCUCGAGACUAUACCAGAUGAGUGUUACGAGGCCUUGUUGGCAGAGCAGAGUGUUGAGACACUAAAACGUCUUUCUGUGAAUAAUGAAUGCAUUCCGCUCCUUCUUAAUCGCCUACCACAUUGUGUACCUCGUCUGUUAACAUUAGCCAACAGUCUAGGAGAAGAAAUUAGCCAGAGCAUCAGUCAAAUCGUUCUCAAUCUUACACAGUUGAUAAAAGACGACUUUGAGGAAGGUCUCUUGUUUGAAGUGCCGUAUGGAACUGCCCAGAGGGAAGAGAGUUGGGAACAUUUGGCCAGCUUGUGCAAGUUGGCUGUGUUGCUGUUUCCUGCGUCAGGCUCGGUUCGUCUAGCAGCCAUCGUGACCUACAAUCAGGUGCUUGAAUCAUUCCUAAUGAUGGGGGACCAACAGACAGCGCAGAGGAGACUAGGUCUCUCGCGUCAAAAUGCGGAGGAUGCCAAAGAUGGCCCGUCCUCCCUCGAACCAUCGGAACCCAAAUCACCCAAGAGGGGUGGAUUCGUGCAAUCAUUACGUAACAGUUUCAGACGGAAAUCGUCGUCGAGUAUCGGACCAAAGCAGGACUCACUCUCACCAAAGUCCGCAGAGAAAUCAAAGUACCUGCAGGUCGAGAGUGCAGUUGAUAAGGACAACCUUUCUACAUUCCAGACCACCUCUUUGUCAGCAGUCCUGACAACCCUAAACCAGGUUGUAGCCCGUGAUGACCGCAUUGCCCAACUGAAGGUGGUCAUCUGUAGGAAUAUACCAGAAACGGACAUGACGAUGAUUCCUAGAACUGGUCCAGGAAGUCGGCGAGGUGUAUUUAGUCAUCGGACAUCUUACACCUCACAUGGACACCGGGACGAUUCUAACCAACCGGUGGUUCAGGCGGCACUCCGCUUGUUAUCUUCAUUAGAUAUUAACCUCCUGUUAGAAUGUAUCCAGACCGUCGGCAUCGCUCCUGCCACACCUGCAUCCAAUACCAAACUCCACAUUCAUACGACUAAACCCAGGGAGAAAUCCGACUGUAAAGCCAAAGGAUUCCCGACUACAUCUAUCCCUGGGAUUCGGAUAUCCCAAUCUGAUGACGACAAUCUCGAUAGUCCUCACAAGACUAGUGAUAAAACUAAACCAAACAGUACCGAUCCAGUGCGACAGGCUAGGAUUCUAUCAGCACGUGCUCUGCUAACCAUCGCUAGCUUGCCAAGCACCAGAAGAGCCCUUGUUAGGGUGGAACAUCUUCAUAGACUAUUAAACGUCUUGGAGCCCACAGGAGACAAGCAAUUCUUGUGUUUAAUUCUUCAAGUCUUGGAGAGUUUGUCACUCGACCCACAUAACCACGCACCAAUGCAGGCUGCAGGUUUAGCUCAUCGCUUGGAAAGUAUUCUCAAGUUACAGCGAACGGAGACCACGGAACCAGAGGAAAGUGUACCGGGCCAGUCCUGGGGGCCAGCAGACAGUAAAGUGCUACAUCACAUCCAGCUGCAUGCUGGAAGGAUUCUCGUGUAUCAUGGCUUUAUUGAACAACUUCAAAGGCACACUCAGGCAUCCAUCUUAGAAUUAGAAGCUAAAGUAUGCGGACAGGAUGUAUCGGAGUAUGAGUAUGCUUGCUUCAGAUUGAGGAUUCAACAAGCCAAGGAUAUACCCCCUGCUACAUCCUUAGAACGUCUAGUCUUGCUAUCACUCAGUCAAGGUGAACGCGGCAGUAGGUCGCCCUCUGUUGUCUCGUCGGAGAGACUGUCUCCCAUCCCAGCAAAGCGUACGUGCCUUGCAGUGGAGGUUCAGUCACUGCAAAUAGACAGCGAGGAGACUAGUAGUAUAGGUCAUGCAAUUCCACAGCGAGAGAUUGAGAUUGAACGUCCCGAUGGAGGCUGCCCUCUCUUGGAAAGUUUACCUGUUUGUGUACCACCUCCUAUUGCAUUCAGAGUAUUACAGCACAUUCUCUUGGCUACCAGUGGAGGAAAAAGACGAGGAUUGUUUGCUAUGAAUACUAGCAGUAGUGGUAGCGCAAAUAAUUCCAAGAGGAUACUUCAAGAAAAGGUUCUUCAAAUGAUCCGGCGAUGGGUAGAAAACAUUCCAGAAGACUUUCUUCAAGACAAGCUGAUGAGGUCUGAAGCCACGAAGCUCCUGCAACGACUGCGCCUUCUGGGACUCUCAGGACAUCCUCUGGCUGAUCAAUUGUCCCUUCUCUACCAACAACAAGAGGAUACCCUGUCCCUACGCAGCCUUGGAGGUCGCUUCCGUAACCACCAUCACCAUCACCAUGCCCACAUCUCCCGAACCUUCUCCUCUCCCGCGGUCAGAGCAAGCAUCCAGAGCGCUCCUCCCCUCAUCAUGGGCUCACCCGUGGGUGAGACUUCAUCAGCGGAUAAACUCUCGCUUCAGUCAUUCCCUGGGUCCUACAAGAACAUGGGUUCUGCCAACUUCAUCCAUAAGGUGACUGGGAAUCGGUCUUUGACUGGAUCCAGUACAUCCAGUCUGACCUCAUUGAACAGUGUUCAGGGUGUUGGUCAGAUUUCUCUUGUGGAUAGAUCAACGGUUCUGCUGACUUCUGAAGAUCUUCACUGCCUUUAUCAGAGGUUGCAGAAGUCUGUCCUUGAUGGAAGUUUACCCUGCAGUCAGGAAGAUGCUGCCAAACUAGCCGCUAUACAGAUCAUCAUCAACAACCUGACAUCCUUUCACCAGAAGAAAAGCCAGUCAACUCCAUCCAGUCCUGCCAGUCAUACAUUCCUCCAGACCAAUGCUACAGCUACGAGUACCCAGAAGCUUUCCAGCUCCAGUUCCAGCAACCGUACCUUGGUAGACUCAGAACCUGAAUGGCACUGCUAUGGUGUGGACCACAUAGCAACAAGAGAGACCAGUAUCUUGGACAGUGGACCUGGUCCUAGCGUCGGGUUCUUUGCCUCGGCUCAAAGGCGUCUAUCCCGCCAGAGUUCGAAGCAAGACUCCUCACCUCUAGGUCAUUCCUUGCAGUCAGGACGGAAGGCUUCAUCAGCAGAUGUGGGUAGCGAAAUCACAGAGAGGAUUUUAUUGGAUAAGAUAUCUGUGGAUUCUAUCAAAUUGUGCUUACCAUAUGGAUGUUCAGGAUCUAAGGUUGUCCAGAAGGCAGUCAAGAAGUUCCAUACGACGUAUACUACGGUGAUGGGUGACCUCAAGGAAUCUACCUCAGGGAAGAUUCACCAUGCCAAGCAGCUCUAUGUGGAUCUUUGUAAGAGGAUACCAUCCUUCAACAGUAAGGUGUUUCAUGUCAAGGAAUUGUACGGACAUAGACUCAAGAAGAAGGUAGGACCAAUAUUCCUUCAUUUUUGUAAAAAAUUACAUUGAUAACCUUAUAAAAUAGUAAAUUACCAUCUCCCUCUACCCUUUGUUGAAAUAGCAAAACAUUUAAAAUUUCACAUAUCAACUGUCACAGUCUAUGCUGCACUCUGAUCGUUUACCCAGGAAGCUCACACACUGUAAUACACAGUUAUUACACUUGCACGAUUUUGGGUACCCGCACUGACACAAUUUUAUUGUGCCAGUUUGUGACAAUGCGGGUCACGAAAUGCAUCGUUGGUUCAUGCCAUUAUGAUAGUCCCGACUAGCUCACGACAUGUUCACGACAAGUUUACGCAUUGGCAUGACAUGUACAAGCCUUGGCACGACAUGUUCACGCAGUAUUUACGAAAAGUUCGCGCACUGUCAGGUGCUUAUCCAGCAUCAGACCCUACAAAGCUUUUCAUGGCCCAAUUGUCUGGGGACAAUAGUCACUAUUAUGCUUGUGCAUCGCCCAUACAUUUCUUUGUCAAAGUUGAUGCUGGAUACGCUAUUGGUUACGUCAUUCAAUUCAUCAUUCAUUGGAGCAUAAAAUUGAACUCCAUGAAAUGCUGUUCGAUAUAGCCAAACUGCACCUGCGUAUGCCUUUGAGGCAAGCAAUUCUUAUGCGAGCGUGAUCUAUGCGCAAACUAUUGUUUAACUUGUCGCAAACUACUCGUAAGCUAGUCGUGAACUAGGUGUGAACUAGUUGUGAAAUGCGCGUCACUUGUGCCAUGGCACGACUUGGGCCGACAAGGUUGCACAUGCAGUUUACGAAUAGUUCACGCCAAUAAUCCUCGAAAUUUUUUGUGCCAUGAUUUUAGACAUUUUUUUAUUUUGGCACGAUACUUCAAGCAUUGUUCUGCACUGGCCCGCAUACUUCAUGACAUGGAACAACGUGGCAAGACUCGUGAACUAGUGAAUUAUUCGGGCCCCAAAAUCGUGCAAGUGUAAUAGCUGCAAUACUCAUAUCGAAAUCUUGUAGGUUCUUCAUAUGAGUGACUUCAUACCAAAGUACAUAAACCAAUGCUCGUACUUUAUUUUAGCCAUUUCUGAAUCGAUCUUGCUCAUGCAAAUUUUUCUUUAAUGACACCUAUCCUCAAAAGCUUCUUGUAUGCAAAAUAACAAUAUGCAGAUAUUACUCUUGUAUAGCAACUUGCAUUCCUCAGGCCAAAAUUUGGGCAAGCAUGGUAAAUAGUUUGAACACACUCACUUUACAAAAAAUAAGGUAGCAUUUUGAGCCUCAUGAGAUUUGAGAUCUUGCAACUGGAGACAACAAUAAAAAGUUUUGCUAAAAAUCAGAGUGAAAAAGUCAAGAACAUGUGUAUAAAUAAAGCUAGAGAGAUGUGUGAUGUCAGGUGAAGUGUAAAUACAUACAGCACAUAAUGGUAGGGAACAAAUAUUAAUUCCUCCCUGAACAUAUGGAAUUAGCAUUAUUUUGAUACUACAUGUAUAUGGUUCAGUCAAGUUGGCCCUUAUUGUCAAAUCUGUAAAAAAUUAAAUACAGUAUUGUAUAAUUCAAACAUUAAAAAACAAAAGAAAAAGUGAGUGAUGGACAUCAUCGACUGCCUCUUUGCAUUUCACCGAGUUGUGCAUAUAGCUAUUUCUGUGAAAAAUAAGCAAAACUUUAAAAUGUCACAACUUUCUUUAUACUUUACAUCUGAUUUUGAGGAAAUUUUCAGCAUUAUGCUAGUUUGAUUUUUCUCUAUUUUUUCAAAUCAACAUUGACUUGACCUUUAAAAAAGUAUCAUAUUGCAUACUUUUUGCUUAGAGUGAAUAGCAUUUGAAUACCAUUGUAAAUAAAAUUAUUUCAUUUAAUCAAGAAAUUUAUGCUUCUUAGAAUGUUAAAAAAAGGUUUGGUGGAAAAAGCUUGAAUAACUUUUACAAGGUUGGUCUACAGAUAUAAUUGGUUGUAAUUAUGAUGUUCAAAACUUUUCAAACUUGUUUUGUUAUUAGAGAAAGAAAGGGGGAUUCCAAGAAUAAGAAUAGUAAAAAAAGAAAAUAGGAGAAUUAAUGAUGAUGAUGAUGAAAGGGGGAAGGAAGGGUAUGGAGUUAAGGUUCAGCGACUGUUGGAAUUAUUGCCUCUCGACUUCAAUUCUUAGCUUGUGACUUUAUAUUUCUAUGAUUGAUUUGUUGUGAAGUCAAUAUCUGUUGAUGGUGUAUGAGGAAUGUGGUUUGUUUAUAUCCCGGAUCCAUUUGACAUGACGCUCUCAAUAGAACUGAGCUGCCAUAAGACCUUCAGAGCUAGAAGGGCAUUCACUACACCUUAAAGCAUAGAAUUAACGCCCUUCUGCCUUUGAUACGCAGAUUAUAUUAGAGCUACUGUGUGUUGAAUGAGCUAUCUGGGAGGGGAAGGGUAGUCAACUGGAAGGCUUCAGGAUUGAAAGACAAGCUAUAAACCGUUUUAUGGUUCUAAAUAUUUUUUAUGAGUUUGAUGAGAGAAAAGGGGGUAUGUGGAAUUAUUUUCAUGCUAUACUUUCUUAAAAGAGUGAGCAAUUACCAGAUGCAGAUGAUAUUUUUUAUAAAAAAAAAUAAAGCUGCAUUUUAGAACUGAACUUCUUGCAGCUAGCUGCAGGCAGGAUGAUAUAUUGAGACCUAAAAUCUUAUCUAGAUCGCCAAUUGACCUGUCUCUUACAAAGAGUUGUGAUUGAUCUAGAUGUAUUUCAGCUAAGCUAUGGAAAUCCAUCAGUGCCAUAAUUUUUCAUCUGAAAAACAAUCUGUACGUACUUCCUAUGACAGCAACAGGAGUGCGCACACUCAUUGAAUAAAAUUAUUAAUCUGUAUUCAUCUAAUUUAGAAAACACUUUGGAUAUACAUGAAUUCAAUCGAUGUUGACAUUGAUGGCUUGCCAUAGUCAGAUCAGUCAUAACAGUUUGUUAUAUUAGACAAGGCUUGAAAGGAAUAUUUACAGGACCUCAUAUUGAGAUAAGUAUUGAGUUAAAGGUUAAUUGUUGCAUGGCUGAAUUCUCGUGCUCUUGAACUUUAGUUUUGAAUGAUCGAGAGUAUAGGACUGCAAAUGCUUUUUAACAUGUAUUUCUUGGUACAUGGUACUACUUCUGGAUUUAUAAGAAAUCUAGGUCGGCUGUGAAUAAUGGUCAGCCAGAAAUUAGAUUUAUUUCGAAACCUAUGGCUUUACUUUUAAUUCUUAAAGAAUUUAGCCUAAUUUUUUUUAAACUUUGAAUUCAGAUUCACAAUAUCUACAUGACUAUCUAACGUUUGGCAUGUCACCAUUCUGGAUUUAUUUUUAAUCCUUGAAAUUUAGAUUUAAAUGCACCAAAUCCACUCUGCAGAGUGCUCAAGGUGCAGUGAAAUAACAGAAGAAAAACCAUGAGAAAUUAAAAAAAAAGAGUGAAUGACAAUCAAGAAUAUGACAACUAAGAGAGAAUACAUCUUUAAGGAAUGAUUACAUUUUUAAAGAAACCCAGUGAAGGAAGAUGUGCUAACCCUUUCUAGUAAAGCUUGAGUAUCAUUAAAUAUUCUUUUGUCAAUUACAUUAUGUUUUUA